UUAUGUAGUUGAUGUGAACAUCUUUUCCAGUUAAAUUGUUAAAAGUUUAUAGUUGUUUCAAGGGAGAUUUUUUUUUUGCAUAAUUUUAACUAUCUUGUAUACAAGUAUUUAAUUUCAAAUUUGUAUUUAAAAAAAGUCUCAAAUGGAAAGACUAAAAAUGGCAUCUGUAUAUUUUGGAUUCUUUAUUUUUUAUUUUAACUUAAUCGAAGUUAAAGCGUCAACUGCGUAUUCACAACAUUUAUGGAAUUCAAUUGAAAAGAAUGUUGAAAAAAUGACAAUCAACAAAAGUUACGCUCAAGACGAUUGCGUUCGAAAUUACAAUUCUUUAAUCAACGUUUUUAAACUUUCGUCAUCACUUAAAAAAGUUAUGCUGCAGAAAAAUUUGAACUGUCCGAAUAGUGAGUUUUUGCGCCAAAAAAGAAGCACACUUUCAUGGAGAGUUCCUGAUGGGUUACCAACUGGCACAGCAAUUAGUUUUUGCAGUUCUCCUACUUGCUGCACUCCUAAAAAAUCUUUGAACCCGGGUGGUGGUUUCUUUAAUUUAUGUAGAGAAUGUUUACACCAAAUCAUGCUUCCAUCAAGAUAUACGCCUCGUCUACUACAUUUUGUUACUUGUCAAGAUGUAGACUUUACUGAGUCUUGUUUAUCCGGAGAAGGUUCUUGCACAACAAAUAUGGUAUCAAAUUUAGUGCUGGAUACUUAUACAAAUCAACGGUUAACGUUUGUUUUUGGAGGUUCUUGUUCUUGUGAAAUUCGCAGAGAUUCAGUUUUUACACCAUUUAUAUAGAAAAAUUUACUUUUUUUUCUGGUACUAUGUUUAGAUCUUUAAUUUUUGUUUAACUUUUAAUACCUUU